AUGCCUCUGCGGCUCCUUGGGGAGGCCGAGCUUCUUAAGUGGAGGCGGGAGGGGCGAGCCUGGGCAGCCGCCAGCCUGGUCCUGUCCCCUCCGUGCCACCGUCGGCAUUUGUCUAGCGACGCAUGCCCUAGCAGGGGUGUAUUGGGGGGAGUCCUCUUUCCGACCAUCAAAAUGGUUAUCAAAGUUUUUGUUGCCACUUCUUCUGGGUCCAUAGCGAUUAGGAAGAAACAGCAAGAAGUAGUGGGCUUUUUGGAAGCUAAUAAAAUCGACUUUAAGGAAUUAGAUAUAGCUGGAGAUGAAGAUAAUAGGAAGUGGAUGAGAGAGAAUGUACCUGGAGAGAAAAAACCUCAAAAUGGGAUUCCUUUGCCCCCCCAGAUCUUCAAUGAAGAGCAGUAUUGUGGGGAUUUCGACUCUUUCUUCUCUGCCAAAGAAGAGAAUAUUAUAUAUUCGUUCCUUGGCUUGGCUCCCCCUCCAGGCUCAAAGGUGACAAAAUCGCCUGAGGAAGCAUCUUCCCUUCCCAAUGGUGAUGUAAUGGGAGAGGCACCAAGCACUGCAGAGGAAACACAGAAGACUGAAGAAGGUGGAGAAAAUGAGGUGCAGAAAGAGGAUGGUGAAGAUGAGGGCAACCUCCCCGAAUCCCAAGAGAAGAAUACUGAAGAAAUAGCAGAGGAAGGAGCAGAAGGGGAAGCAGAGGAAGAGGAAGCUGAAGCAGAGGAAGAGGAAGCAGAGGAAGAAGAAGGUGAAAAAGGAGAAGAAGAAGAUUCAUAGAUCUUUUCCUGCUUUAUUUCUUCAAGUUUUCCAGGAAACACAAGCCGUGGAGCAACAUUUCAACCACCUCUCCAGAAACCAAACUCAACAAAAUGCUUUGGCCUGAAGCCAGCAUACCUUUCCCAGGACAUCAGGGGUCACCAAGGAAUUGUCUUACUCAGCAUAGGUUGUUGUACCUGGACAUACCUACUCAACCUUAUCAAUAUAAAAUUAAAUGUGAAGAUGACAUAUAUGUACCUUCAUGUGCCUGAAUUUUUGGCCCUCGUUAAUUUUUUUGUAGUUUUUGCCCUGCAUGAACUGACCUUCUAACUAACUGAUAUUCUGAAAAAAUGAUUUCAAGGGAUAGAACUUCUCUUUGUGAGAUAACAAAAGUAUUCUCUCUGUAUGUGCCAUAUGCUAUUUGUCUCAGAAUCAGCUCUGAAAAUGAAUGUGCUUUCCAGAGAACGAUCAUUUAAAUAAAGAUUAGUAGCAAAUAGUUUGUCCCAGGGAGCAUUGUUUCUUGAUUUAUAGUCUCUGCUUGUAUGCGCCUGAACUCCACCUGUCUGUUGCCAAGCGUGAAUCAAUUGCUGAACUUUGCUGUCUGCACAGGGGUGGCUGUUCUCUAUUGUACUCAUGCCUUGGUCCAUGUUUUCAGUUGCAUCAUGUUUUGUGUCGUACAUACUGCUACCCACAUUAUCUUUGAAGACUUAUUUCAAUAUAGCCAUACCAUCCACAUGUGUAAGGGUGACGGUAAGGACAAACAGAUUUGCAACCCAGUGCCCUUUGCAUGUUUCUGUUUAUCCUGCUGGUUACUGAUUGGCAGCCAUAGCUGUUACGUGCUGUCUUAGUCAUCUAUUGCUGCUAUAACAGAAAUACUGCAAGUGGAUGGUUUUAACAGAAGUUUAUUUUCUCACAGUAAAGUAGGCUAGAAGUCCAAAUUUAGGGUGUCAGCUUCAGGAGAAGGCUUUCUCUCUCUGUCAGCUCUGGAGGAAAGUCUUUCUCGUCAAUCUUACCCUGGCCUAGGAGCUUCUUUGCACAGGAACCCCGGGUCUAAAAGAUGUGCUCUGCUUGCGGUGCUUCUUUCGUGGUGAUAUGAGGUCCCCAACUCUCUGCUCGCUUCCCUUUCCUUUUAUCUCUUGAGAGAGAAAAGGUGGUGCAGGUCACA